AUGGCUCACUCUCCCGCCCACCCCGAGUUCAUGUCUGCAACAGGCGACAGGCCGGCCUCGCGCCACGUUCCCGAAACCACCUCUUACCCAGUCUCCCGAGAAAAUGGCGACAUCAUUCCCGACACAAAACAGAACCCGUCUGUGAGCGGGAAGGAGUCGCCUUUUGCCAAGUCGUGGGUGCACUUUGUUGCUGGAGGUGUCGGAGGCAUGACAGCGGCGACCCUGACAGCCCCCCUUGACGUUCUCAAGACUCGCCUACAAUCCGACUUUUAUCAAGCACAACUCCGUGCCUCCCACCAAGCCCGCUCCCAGGCCCUCGGCUCUCUGAGCCCCCUCAGGGUAGCCUUGUUUCAUCUACGAGAAACAUUUCAGAUUCUCGGCUCCGUCUACAAAAUCGAGGGUCCCCGCGCGCUGUUCAAAGGCCUAGGCCCGAACCUCGUUGGCGUCAUCCCCGCAAGGAGCAUCAACUUCUACACCUAUGGCAACGGCAAGCGUCUGAUCGCUGAGUACAGCAACGGCGGAAAUGAGGCAGCAUGGGUCCACUUGUCAGCGGGCAUACUAGCGGGCGUGACAACAAGCACAGUGACGAAUCCCAUCUGGCUUGUCAAGACUCGGUUACAACUCGACAAGAAUGUGGCAAAUCAGAAGGGCGGCUUGCACAAGCGACAGUACCGCAAUAGUGUGGAUUGCAUCAAGCAGGUUCUGCGUACUGAGGGGUUCAAGGGCUUAUACAAAGGCAUGAGCGCGAGUUAUUUGGGUGUCGCUGAGAGCACGCUACAGUGGGUUCUGUACGAGCAGAUCAAGAACAAGCUGGCAGCGAGGGAGAAGCGCAUAAUCGCAAGUGGGAGGGAGAAGAAUCUGUGGGACCAAACGGUCGAUUGGAUGGGUAAUGCCGGCGCUGCUGGCGGUGCCAAGUUGGUCGCGGCCAUCUUGGCCUAUCCUCAUGAGGUCGCGCGGACGAGAUUACGGCAGGCACCACUUGCCAACGGACAACUCAAGUACACUGGCCUCUGGCAAUGCUUCCGCGUUGUAUGGAUUGAAGAGGGUGUCAUGGGUCUCUACGGUGGUCUCACCCCUCAUCUGAUGCGCACCGUCCCUAGCGCCGCCAUCAUGUUCGGCAUGUACGAGGGCAUACUGCGUAUAUUUGGUGCCCCCAACAAGGCCGCCGCCAGCUUGUAA